AUGUGGCAGCAGCUGCUGAGAAGCGCAGCAGCCCUGCCAAGGUACAGAAGAGCUGGAGCUUCAACGACCGCACCCGCUUUAGACCCUCCCUACGCCUCAAAAGCCAAUCACGCACCGCGCCCUCCGAGGGUGAGUGGAGAGGAUGUGUGCCUUUGUGUGUGUGCGUGUGGGGGGGUUUAUGUCAAUGUGUGUGUAUGUGUGUGUGUGUGUGCGUAUAUAUACGGUAUGUGCUUUUUAAGAAGUCCACAAGGGUAGAUUAAUGAGUCAAGACUUACAUUCCACAGAAGUUGCAAUAUCCUCCAACAUGACAUAUGGAAGUCCAGUCCACUGCCUAUAUACACUGAGUACACCAAACAUUAGGAACACCCUCCUAAUAUUGAGUUGCACCCCCCACUUUUGCUCUCAGAACAGCCUCUAUUCGUCAGGGCAUGAACUCUACAAGGUGCCGAAAGUGUGCUGGCCAAUGUUGACUCCAAUGCUUCCCACAGUUGUGUCGAAAGUGUGCUGGCUCAUGUUGACUCCAAUGCUUCCCACAGUUGUGUCAUGUUGGCUGGUUGUCCUUUGGAUGGUGGACCAUUCUUGAUACACACAGGAAACUGUUGAGCGUGAAAAACCUAGCAGCGUUGCAAUUCUUGACACAAACCGGUGUGCCUGGCACCUACUACCAUACCCCGUUCAAAGGCACUUAAAUAUUUUGUCUUACCCAUUCACCUUCUGAAUGGCACAUAUACACAAUCCAUGUUUCAAUUGUCUCAAGGCUUAAAAAUCCUUCUUUAAUCUGUCUCCUCCCGUUCAUCUACACUGAUUGAAGUUAGAUUUAACAAGUGACUUCAAUAAGGGAUCAUAGCUUUCACCUGGAUUCACCUGGUCAGUCUGUCAUGAAAAGAGCGGGUGUUCUUAAUGUUUUGUACACUCAGUGUAUGUCUGUCUGUGUAUGUGUUGUGCACCUCUAUCUAUGUGUGUAUGAUUACGUUUACCCUAUCUCCUCACCAUGUUGCCAUUGCUCCCGUCUAUGUGUGUCUGUCUGCGCGUGUCACCUCGUACCCCAGGCUGCUUGGCGUCUCUACCUCACCGAUGUUGCCAGUACCUAUUUGCCCCCCCCCCAAGUUUUCUGAGCAAAAAAUAAUAAUAUAACUUUUUUCAUUGUUGGACAUAAAAGACUGUAAAACACCAGGAAAUCAGCUCCAAGUGAUUUUAAUUGAAGAAAUCUGUUCCCAAGUAUUCCCACGCAUAAUAAACACAUAAUUGUAUACAAAUGUAAGCAAGGUUUGAAAUGAUUACGUUUUAGUCAAACAUAUCUUUUAUGUUCCAGCCCCCCGACCAUUUAAGUGGAUUUAACAAGUGACAUCAAAAAGGGAUCAUAGCGGGCCUCCCGAGUGGCUCUCGACCUUGGCCUCUCCCGAGUUCGUAGGGGAGUUGCAGCAAUGGGACAAGACUGUAACUACCAAUUAGAUAUCACGAAAUUGUGGAGAAAAAGGGGUAAAAGUUUUUUUAAAUAUAUUUUAAAAAAGGGAUCAUAGCUUUCACCUGGAUUCACUUGGUCAGUCUAUGUCAUGGGAAGAGCAUGUGUUCUUAAUGUUUUGUAUACUCAGUGUAUAAACCUCUACUGUAACAGAGAAUUCAAGCUGUAUGUAACCUUCUAAUAGAGGAGGGAAGUGCUUGACUGAGCAGUUCCCUGUUUCUGUCACCCGGACUCUCCCCUGUAUAUUUGUGCUCUUUAUCUGUGCUCUUCAGGACACCUAUCCUAUUAAAAAUAAAUCCGACCUGAGAAACUCUGACUACUCUCAUAUUAUUGGCUUCACCCAUCACGCAUACAGCUGAGUUGGCAAUUCUUGACCAUUCCUAGAGAUCCAAUUUUCAUUUGAGGAAAAAAUUGAAAGUUACCAACUUAUUUUGAAAUAUUAUAUUGUGGAGUUUCAGCUUGGAGCUGAAGUCUUUAAGGAAGGAUAAUGUAUUUGGACACCUUUAAUUUAGCACCCCAAGUGGGUUGAGAAUGUAUUCUCUUUUGUAAUUAUGACCUGGGGAAGAGAUGCAAUGGUGAGGGAUUUAAAGAGCCAAUUGGAAGGUGACUAGUGGGCCAUGGCAGUAUGAGAGACAAGUUAAAUUGAUACAACCCCUCUUUCUGUCUCUCAGUGGACACAGGAAUGGGGAAUGAUGACACGUUCGACGACAGGGGCUGCCACUGUGAUGUCACCAUGGAGGACAUAUCAGCUCCACAGAAGGCUGUCAUCAGAGCGAUCCGGUGAGUGCUUAUCAUAGACUGUUCUCUCUGCUACCACGGCAAGCAAUACCGAUGCACCAAUUCUGGAAACAACAGAACCCUGAACAGCUUCUACCCCAAGCCAUAACACUGCUAAAUAGUUAGUUAAAUGUUUAACCAAAUAGCUACCUGGACUAUCUGCAUUGACCCUUUUUGCACCAACUUUUUUGACUCAUCACAUAUGCUUCUGCUACUGUUUACUAUCUGUCACUUUAUUCCUAGUUAUAUGUACAUAUCUGCCUCAAUUACCUCGUACCCCUUCCACAUCGACUCUGUACUGGUACCCCUUGUAUAUAGCAGUGGAGGCUGCUGAGGGGAGGAAGGCUCAUUAUAAUGGCUGGAACGGAGCGAAUGGAAUGGCAUUUUACUUUUCUAUCAUUCCUCUGUUUUCUUUCUCUCUGCAUUGUUGGUAAGGGCCUGUAAGCAAGCAUUUCCCUGUUAGUCCACACCUGUUGUUUAGGAAGCAUGUGAUGAAUAUACACUGAUUUGAUUCAUAUAUAUCUCUAUAUAGAUCUCUAUGUAGACUUGUGUUUUCUUACACAAUCCUUUGUAAAACAUUAUUUAUAUUUUGUACAGGACAUGACUAUUGUAAACAGUGUACAUAGCCAAUGCAUACGCUACAACAAUCUUAAACAUAGACAUAUACUGUAAGAAGAUAUAUCUGAACCUUCCAGGUUCUUAGAUACAGAAGGUUCUUAGAUACAGAUCCAGAGCAUGUUGUUCUAGCCCAAUCAUUCACAUACUCUCACAGGCCAAGACCUGUGGAUACUACAGUACUGUGGUUGUCUGCCUGACCAGGGAGGUGUUUUCGCUGUCAGUCCAUAGCCUACUGCUGUGAGGCUCUGUGGUGCUUUAGGGGAUUAUGUUUACCCAGUGAGAGGUCAGGGAGUACAGUUUGGGGGGCUGUGUUUUUUGUUACAGCUUUCCCAUUACUCACUCUCGCACCGGCAACGUGUCUCUGUUUACUCAUGUGGCCACCCUAAUGGUACUGUCUCAUCCUAUCCUCCCCCCUCUCCCUCACUCAACCCCUCUCACUCUCUUUUUUUUACUAACUCUUCUCUCUCUCUCUCCCUCCCUCUCUCCCACUCUCCAUUUUCCUUCACCUGCCCCUAUCCCUCACCUCUCUCUGACGGUCGAAAGAUGUCCUAUUUUGAUUGGCUGCCAACACCCCAAUUCCCAACCCCAGGUUGUUGCUCCAGAGGACCCCCUCUCCCCUGGCCCAGCCUGCCCGCUCAGCAGGCCCCCUCAAUGGGCAACGGGAGGGGAGAAAUGCCCCUGGCUUUCCCAGGGUGUCGGGUUGACACCCUCUCAGUCAGAACUAUUAUUGCAGCAGCUCAUCUGUCAUAAUGGUUUCCAUUUAUACAGUGAGGAUAAUGAGUAACUGGAGCCAUUCUGGAGCCAUUAGGGGGUCAGAAUGAACCAACUGUAGAUCCACUUACCUGCAUCAAUAUUAUUUACCCAGCAGUAGUUGUACUUGUACAGUACAUUAAGGUUGAGGGAUAAUACAAUUCUAGCGUGGUUUGGUUUCAAAAUAGCUCAGUCAGGUUUUGUUGAUAUGACAUGUGCUAAGGUUUCAUAAUGUUCUUGUGAAAAUAUCUGAGUAAUGUUUUUUUUAUCGAUGCUCAGAAACAAAAGGUAAAGGUAAACCAAAAUAAAUAUCUGUUUAUAUCGUUCCUUUCUGUUCCUCUUUAAACCUCUGAAAUCAUAGUUUUUUUUACAUUUAGCUCAACAUUAAAUUACUUCACAAAUGAUGCAGUGCGGAAAGAGCAGCUUGCUAUGGAGCAGGCAAGCUGUAGCUCAGUGAGUUGUUUACAUGCGUGAUAGAAAGACAAGUGUAGGGCACGAGAUGCAACUAGAGGGUGGAGGAGGAGGCUUGGCUUGAAACGCUGGGAAUCUUGUGAUGACAUGCAGUAUCAGAAUUAGGCCCACAGAAUUAUACCUACGGAGGAGCGGCUUCUAGGCUUCUAUGGAGGAACUUUGAAUGUCUUUGAACUUCAGAGUUGGCUUAACAUUGGACCAGAGAAGCUAGCUAGCUAACAAGCUUGUGUGUGCGGAGCGUCACCAGAAUGAAUAACACGUCUUACCUUUCUGUAGUUAAUAAUCCAAUGUGAAAUGUGAUCACUAUAGUAUCCCUAACUAGCAUUGAAAAAGUGAAUCCAUUCUUCUCUAAUAACAAAUCUCUCCCAAUCUUCUGAAUCACGCUUGUAAUGUCAGUAGGCUACAGCUAUGCUUCAGAGGGGGAGGGGGCAGGUAUCCUACACGCACACACACUGGCAAAGAUUUUCAGCUAGCAGAAGUUUCUGAUUGACAGAGGGAGGGCUUUGCAUUGGUGCUUUGUUGUGUUUUUUUUUGUGGGACUGGGAAAUGCCCGGAAAGUAAAAUAAUGUUAUUAACCGGUUCCCAUGCUUUUAAAUUAACGGUUCUGUUCCGGAACAGUAUAGAUCACUUUUGUUCUCGGUUCUGAUUCUGUUCCUUUAAAAUCUUUAUUAUUUUCCGGUUUUCGGUUCUGUUCCCUGAACCAGUUCCAACCCCUGGUGAAAAAGUUUUUGAACAAAUUAGAAUGGAACUAAAAAGGAGAAGAACCAUCGAAACAAAAUGAGGAGGAGGUGAACAAUGGAAAGUUCUUGACUUUUGAUUUUGUUUAUAUAUAUAUAUAUAUAUAUAUAUAUAUACAGUACCAGUCAAAAGUUUGGACACACCUACUCAUUCAAGGGUUUUUCUUUAUUUUUACUAUUUUCUACAUUGUAUAAUAAUAGUGAAAACAUCAAAACUAUGAAAUAAUGGAAUAAUGUAGUAAACAAAAAAGUGUUAAACAAAUCAGAUUCUUCAAAUAGCCACCCGUUGCCUUGAUGACAGCUUUGCACACUCUUGGCAUUCUCUCAACCAGCUUCACCAGGUAAUGCUUUUCCAACAGUUUUGAAGGAGUUCCCACAUAUGCUGAGCACUUGUUGGCUGCUUUUCCUUCACUCUGCCGUCAGGCUCAUCCCAUACCAUCUCAAUUGGGUUGAGGUCGGGUGAUUGUGGAGGCCAGGUCAUCUGAUGCAGCACUCCAUCACUCUCAUUAUUGGUCAAAUAGCCCUUACACAGCCUGGAGGUGUGUUGGGUCAUUGUCCUGUUGAAAAACAAAUGAUAGUCCCAGAUGGGAUGGCGUAUCGCUGCAGAAUGCUGUGGUUGCCAUGCUGGUUAAGUGUGCCUUGAAUUCUAAAUAAAUCACUGACAGUGUCACCAGCAAAGCAUCCCCACACCAUCACACCUCCUCCUCCUCCAUGCUUCACGGUGGGAACCACACAUGCAGAGAUCAUCCGUUCAGCUGCGUCUCACAAAGACACGGAGGUUGGAACCAAACAUCUCAAAUUAGGACUCAUCAGACCAAAGGACAGAUUUCCACUGGUCCAAUGUCCAUUGCUCAUGUUUCUUGGCCCAAGCAAGUCUCUUCUUCUUAUUGGUGUCCUUUAGUAGUGGUUUCUUUGCAGCAAUUGUACCAUGAAGGCCUGAUUCACACAGUCUCCUCUGAACAGUUGAUGUUGAGAAGUGUCUGUUACUUGAACUCUGUGAAGCAUUUAUUUGGGCUGCAAUCUGAGGGUAGUUAACUCUAAUGAACUUAUCCUCUGCAGCAGAGGUAACUCUGUGUCAUGACUUCCUCCGAAGCUGCCUCUUCUCCUGGUUCGGGCAGGCUUUGGCGUUCGUCGUCACCGGCCUUUUAGCCACUGCCGCUCCUCAUCUCAUCAUUCCAUUUGUUUUGUCUUGUUUAUUACACACACCUGGUUCAUAUCUCCUCAUCAGUACCUGUAUAAGUGUUCCCUCUGCCCCCUUGUCUUUGUGUGUGAUUGUUUAUUGUGGAGAGCAGUGAAGCUCUGUGGAGGACAGCAUUCAGCACAACCACGGGGCACUACGAAUACCUGGUGAUGCCUUACAGUUUGAUGAAUGCUCCAUCCGUCUUCCAGUCCUUUGUGAACAAGGUGUUUCGGAACAUGCUUGGUCGCGGUGUAGUGGUCUACAUCGAUGACGUUCUGGUGUAUUCUACUACGCGCGCCGAGCAUGUGUCCCUGGUUCGCAAAGUGCUGGCCCGACUGUUGGAACAUGACCUUUAAGGCAGAAAAGUGUCUGUUUUUCCAACAGUCCGUCUCCUUCCUCGGAUACCGCAUUACCACCUCAGGUGUGGAGAUGGAGGGAGAUCGCAUUUCAGCCGUGCGUAAUUGGCCGACUCCAACACGAUAAAGGAGGUGCAGCGCUUUAUUGACUUUGCCAACUACUAUCGGAGGUUUAUCCGGGGCUUUGGCAAGGUUUCAGCUCCCAUCACAUCUCUGUUGAAGGGUGGGCCGUCCCGGCUCCGCUGGUCUGCUGAGGCUGACAGGGCCUUCAGUAACCUCACAUCUGCGCAGCGAGGAGGCUGAACCCUCGCCAGGCCAGGUGGGCCCUAUUCUUCACCCGGUUUGAUUUUACACUAUCUUACAUCCAGGGUACGAAGAACGUGAAGGCAGACACACUGUCAUGGCUGUACGACACAGAGGAGAGGUCCAUAGACAACACCCCCAUACUCCCGGCCUCCUGCAUUGUGGCGCCGGUAGUAUGGGCGAUGGACGCGGACAUAGAGCUGACGUUACGCACAGAGCCAUCUCCACCCCAGUGUCCAGCUGGGCUGCAGUACAUGCCUGCUCUUGUCCGUGACCGUCUGAUCUAUUUGGAGCACACGUCCCCCUCCUCUGGUCACCCAGGUAUCGGUCAUACAGUGCGCUGCCUGACCGGAAAGUACUGGUGGCCUACCUUGGCUAAGGACGGGAGGGUGUAUGUCUCCUCCUGCUCGGUGUGCGCCCAGAGUAAGGCACCUAGGCACCUCCCAGCUGGUAAGUUACAGCCCUUACCAGUUCCACAAAGGCCAUGGUCCCACUUGAGUAUUGAUUUCCUUACUGAUCUUCCCCUCUCUCAAGGUAACACCACCAUCCUGGUCAUUGUGGACCGCUUUUCCAAAGCCUGCCGCCUCCUUCCUCUGCCCGGUCUCCCCACGGCCCUGCAGACUGCGGAGGCCCUGUUUACACAUGUCUUCCAGCACUAAGGGGUGCCAGAGGACAUAGUGUCUGACCAGGGUCCCCAGUUCACAUCCAGGGUCUGGAAGGCGUUCAUGUAAUGUCUGGGGGUCUCGGUCAGCCUGACCUCUGGUUUUCACCCCGAGUCUAAUGGGCAGGUGGAACGGGUGAAUCAGGAUGUGGGUAGGUUUCUGCGGUCCUACUGCCAUGACCGGCCGGGGGAGUGGUCGGUGUUCUUGCCAUAGGCUGAAUAUGCCCAGAACUCUCUCCGUCACUCCUCCACUAACCUAAAACCAUUUCAAUAUGUUUUAGGUUAUCAGCCGGUUCUGGUACCGUGGCAUCAGAGCCAUCAGAGAGUGGAUGACUGGUUUCGGCGCGCAGAGGAGACGUGGAACGCUGUUCACGUCCACCUCCAACGCACCGUGCAUUGCCAGAAGGCCAAUGCUGACCGCCACCGCAGUGAGGCCCCGGUCUUUGUACCAGGUGAUCGGGUCUGGCUCUCGACCCGGAAUCUGCUCCUCCGCCUGCCCUGCAGGAAGCUGAGCCCGCGGUUUGUGGGGCCGUUCAAAGUCCUGAGGAAAAUAAACGAGGUUACCUAUAGGUUAUUACUCCCGCCAGAUUAUCGUUUUAACCCCUCGUUCCAUGUGUCUCUCCUCAGGCCGGUGGUGGCUGGUCCGCUCCAGGAGUCUGAGGUGCGGGAGGUCCCUCCGCCCUCUCUAGACAUCGAGGGGACCCCGGCGUACUCCGUCCGUUCCAUCCUGGAUUCGAGGCGUCGGGUGGGGGGCUUUCAGUACCUCAUGGAGUGGGAGGGGUACGGUCCGGAGGAGCGGUGCAGGGUCCCGGUGAGGGAUAUCCUCGAUCGCUCCCUGUUGCGGGAUUUCCACCGUCGCAAUCCGGCUCGCCCUGCUCCACGUCCUCCUGGCCGUCCCCGAGGCCAGUGUCGGCGCGCUGCUGGAGCUGCGCGUCAAGGUGGGGAUACUGUCACGACUUCCUCCAAAGCUGCCUCCUCUCCUGGUUCGGCAGGCUUCGACAUUCGUCGUCACCGGCCUUCUAGCCACUGCCGCUCCUCAUCUCAUCAUUCCAUUUGUUUUGUCUUGUUUAUUACACACACCUGGUUCAUAUCCCCUCAUCAGUACCUGUAUAAGUGUUCCCUCUGCCCCCUUGUCUUUGUGUGUGAUUGUUUAUUGUGGAGAGUAGUGAAGCUCUGUGGAGCUCCUUGUAUUUUGUAUCACCGGGAUUUUCCUGUGUGCCUUGUAUUUUCCAGUGUGCCUGUUUUGCGCACUGGAGUGUUUUGACACGUUCCUGCGUAACUCUGUGGUUGCGGAAUAAAGCCUGUUAUUCUGUGAUUUACCCUCCUGCGCCUGACCUCAUCACACUCUGGGUCUUCCUUUCCUGUGGUGGUCCUCAUGAGAGCCAGUUUCAUAAUAGUGCUUGAUGGUUUUGCGACUGCACUUGAAGAAACUUUCAAAGUUCUUGAAAUGUUCUGGAUUGACUGACCUUCAUGUCUUAAAGUAAUGAUGGACUGUCAUUUCUCUUUGCUUAUUUGAGCUGUUCUUGCCAUAAUUUGGACUUGGUUUUUUACCAAAUAGGGCUAUCUUCUGUAUACCACCCCUACCUUGUCACAACACAACUGAUUGGCUCAAACACAUUAUGAAGGUCCUCUGUAGCUCAGCUGGUAGAGCACGGCGCUUGUAACGCCAAGGUAGUGGGUUCGAUCCCCGGGACCACCCAUACACAAAAAUGUAUGCACGCAUGACUGUAAGUCGCUUUGGAUAAAAGCGUCUGCUAAAUGGCAUAUUAUUAUUAUAUUAUUAAGGAAAGAAAUUCCACAAAUUAACUUUUAAGAAGGCACACCUGUUAAUUGAAAUGAAUUCCAGGUGACUACCUCAUGAAGCUGGUUGAGAGAAUGCCAAGAGUGUGCAAAGCUGUCAUCAAGGCAAAGGGUGGCUACUUUGAAUAAUCUCAAAAAUAAAAUAUAUUUUGAUUUGUUUAACACUUUUUGGGUUACUACAUAAUUCCAUAUGUGUUAUUUCAUAGUUUUGAUGUCUUCACUAUUAUUCUACAAUGUAGAAAAUAGUAAAAAUUAAGAAACACCCUUGAAUGAGUAGCUGUGUCCAAACUUUUGACUGGUACUGUAUAUAAUGUAAAUGUGAUGGAACACAACAAAAAAGUAAAAAAAAUAAAAAGCUGAUCUUGUUUAAAAAAUAAAAUAAAUAAAAAAGUAAAGGCUACAAUAACAACAGUCAUCUUCUUGCCAACGUACAGAGUUAUGCAUAGUUAAGCUGUUGUUUCCCUCUAGUGGCUGACUACGAGAUGACAGGUAGAACAAUGACGGCUCUGUUUUAUUCUCCCCACUUUUCCACUCAGGAUCAUGAAGUUUCAUGUAGCAAAGAAGAAGUUUAAGGAGACUCUGCGUCCAUACGAUGUGAAGGAUGUGAUAGAGCAGUACUCUGCAGGACACCUGGAUAUGCUCUACAGAAUCAAGAGUCUACAGACUAGGUGAGAUGCACAGACACACACUCUUAGAAAAAAAUGAGAUAUCUAGAACCUAAAAGGGUUCUUCGGCUGUCCCCAUAGGAGAACCCUUUGAAUAACUAUGUUUGGUUCCAGGUAGAACCCUUUUGGUUCCAGGUAGAACCCUUUUGGUUCCUGGUAGAACCCUUUUGGAUUUCAUUUAGGACCCUUUCCACAGAGGGUUCUACUUUUUUUCUAAGAGUGCACACACUACACGCACAGGCAGACACACAGACACACACACACACACCUUUCUAUAUAUGUUCACCUUCUCCACUUCAUUAACGUGUGUGUUUGUGUGCGUGUGUAUAUCUGACCCUCCUAUGUACCUCUCCAUCCCAGGCUGGACACCAUAGUGGGUCCUCCUCAGCAGCAGCCGCUGAGCCCCAGAGUCAAGAUUAAUUUACUGAUUUAAUAGAGUGGAAUCUACUGUAGUUUAGUAGUGGAUUCUAGUAGUGGUAGUCUGUUUUGGAGAAUGUAAUUGUAGCGGGUACGUGGUGCCUGUAGUUGUCCUUCCUUGCUACGCUUCAAGUGUUUGAAUGUGUGUGUGCGUGUGCGUGCAUGCAUGUGUGUGUGUGUGUUGCAUCUGACCCCCAUGUCUCUCCCAUACAGACUGGACACAGGAGUAGGCCACACCCUGAGCAGCAAACCCAGGAACAUGUCCUCCCCCUCCCUGCACUUAUAUUACAGCCAGGCCAGGAGAAAGUCCGCCCCAGAGAUGAAGUCCCCAGGGUUAGACAACCCCACUCCCACACCAACCCCUAAUAACAUAAACCCCCUAGCCACUACCCCCAACUCCACCCUGUCCCUGGUCCUUCACACAGAAGACAGAGUUUGA